UUAUAGUUAUUUUAAAGCAUUAUUUUAAAGCAUUUGUUUUAUUUUCAUAUAUUUUAUAUUCGUUUCAUUAUUUCUCUAUAUAUUAAAUCCAUUGAAAAUGCAUUUCUUUAAGUCAAUCAUUGUUGGCGUUUAUUGGCCUUCAAGUGCUCAGAGCUGAGGAUUCAGUGCCCGAAACAUCGGAAGCAAAUGAGGCCAUCAAUGAAAUAGAAAUAUCCGAACCAUCGCUGGACUCGUCGAGUGAGUCGUCUGAAUCGGCUUCGGAAGAGUUGGCAUCAGAAGAGACGACCGAAACGGUUACGCUAUUGCUGGAAGAGGUGGACCCCAAGAGCUACAAUACGGAUGAAUUGGCCGCCGACGAGACGACCACCGAAACGGUCGAAGUGUUUACUUCUGAAUACAACGGUUUGGACGCCGAAGAGAGUGAGUCGUCGUUCAGUUGUUACGGGCGUUCAUUUGGUCAGUACGCGGACGUGUCUAAAGAGUGUCGAGUCUUUCAUCUGUGUUAUCCAUUCUUCAACCAAUCGUCGGAUGAGCUCUUAUACCAAAGAAUCACAUUCUUAUGCGACGACGAGUCUGUGUUCGACCAAAAGAGGUUCAUAUGUGUCGACAACUCGACCGUUGAGCACAAGUGUACCGAUUCUGAGGGCCUAUACUUGACCUCAAACCAGGAAUACCUGAUCCGUGUCUUCUCGCAGAGUGUGUCGCCUAUCGAUGAAGUGAAGGGCCGUCAGGAAGAGGAGACCGUCAAACCCAACGCCCAGCCCUCAAACCCCGGAUGGUUUAACUGGCUUUACAACCAUUAAUUACAUUCAUUGUUCAAUUGUGUUAUUUAUCAUAUUAUAAGCCUUUAUCCAAAAAUUGUUUUUAAUAUUUCUUGUAUUUUAAAUCUCUUAGAAAUGCA